CGCUCCGCGGUCGGCGGGGCUGAUAGCGGGGAGCCGCGGGAGGAGCCCAGCCGGAUUCUGAAAAUGGAAUGGGGAGGAGAGUAUUCUCUAGAUUCUUCCAAUUUAGACUGUUUGUUGGAUGUCCUUCCUACAGAACUGGAGUUUCAACAAACCCUUAGUGAUCUUGAUGAAAAAAUAAAGAAGAACUCUUCUAGCAUAGACCAGUAUCUUAAAGACCUGCAAUCAGAAGUAAAUGAAAUAUGUCCUGAUGAAAUACUGCAAAGCACAACUGACUGCCUUCAGUGGCUAAACAACUGUAAUUUUAGUUCUCUCAGACCUUGUCCUACAAACCAUGGAGAGCUGAUGGAGUUCCUUAGGACCCUGCAAAGCUUGCUGAAGAAUGAACAAAAUCAAGAAGAAAUGAUACUUCACUUCCUUCUGGAUCUUUCUAGUCAGUGUGGUGUCUCAUUUCCAUGUACUCCGAGUGGGAUGUCUUUUGAGUUAACUUCUUCCCUUCAUGCCAUUGAGGAUGAUUCAACUAUGGAUGUGAAAUCUCUCUGGGAUGAUGUGAGAUUGCAUCUUCGAAGAUUUUUAGUAAACAGACUGCAAAGUCAAGAAGAAACAGCUACUAAUGCUUUACAACAGCAAAUGGAGUUUAAAACUCAGUACAUACAGCAACUUCUGUUCCUUUACCCUGAAUCAGAAGUCUUAGUGAAGUAUCAAAAUAUGCAAAAAAGCGUGGUUAGAGAUCUUCUGCAAAACUGUAUUUUGUCUAGCUGUGGUGAAACGAAUUUCGAUAAGGUGGUUCAUGGUUACCAAAGUUCCGUACCCACAUUGUGCAUGAUGAUAAAAGAAGAUUUAUAUCUGCUAUGUGGAACUAUUGAUCCUUCUUCAUCAUUGAAAUUUGUUAAUGAAACUUACCUGGUUACCAUCACUGAAGAAAUGACAGCUCUUCUUGAAAGACUUUGUGAGCUGCAGUUCAAAGAAAAUGCUCUACAUAUAGUUAAGGCAAACAAGAUUUCAAAGAAGCAUAGAGGAACAGUUCAUGCUGUGGGUUAGUAGCCUUGUUUUAUGUCCAUUGUACUUAGAUGUUAUUUUAAUUACACUACCUUUUUUUUAAUGUACUUUAUUAUUUCCAGUGAAGGGAGAGGCUUGAGAUUGUUAAUUUCAGCUUUAUGUUUUAACCAUAUUAUUGCAGUUGAAUUAUAGACUGUUUCAAAAUUGUGAUGAAAAAUGUUUUAAAGUUAGGGAGAGUAUCUUGUGCUUAUGUAUAUAGGAACACAGUUAUAAUUCAGUGGAUAACAUUGUCACAUCAUAGUAAUUUUUUUCAGUCUUUUUCCAGCUGCUGAAAUGUGUAAUUGAAUAAGAACUAUUUAAUCUGGGUUUAAGAGAAUACAAACUCCUCUGCUGUCUACACCCACAUUUUCAAAUUAUCAGAAGCUUAAAGGAUAUUAUAGGAAAGUCUGUACAAUAAUGCAACCAUAAAACAGACAUAGAUUCGUACAUCAGAGCUAACCCAAAAGAUUUCUGUACAGAUUCUAAAAUAAAUAAUGUUUUCUAAUCUUGUGAAAAUACAGUAAACUAGCAUAAAUGCUACCUGGUCCUUUCUUCUUGUUCUAAGGAAUUUAAGGCAGGAAAGGAGCCUGUUAUAGAUGUGGUAUUUUCUCUACUUUUUACAGUUGGUGAGUCUGACAUAAUUUCUAUAAAGAGGAAUCAGAACUUCAGAAAAAAAAAAUCAUACAGAAUGGAAAUUUUCAUCACAUAGUUCAGUAUGCAAGAGCUGUUUGUUCAAAACAUAGCCUUCUAUAAAGGUGAAGUAGUUUGCAGACAGAAAAAAUAUUAAAAGUUCAGAAUAAUGUGAAAAAUAGAGAAACCAAAGAUAGAUCUUUGGGUAGUACAACAUACACAAAGGGUGAGUGAGGUAAUGAUUUGCCAGCUCUACACAGAAUAAAGUUAUACUCUUGUGAGUUUUAAAGUCAAUAUGCAUGUUAGUGUCAGUCAACUAGAAACUACACUGGAAGAAAUGCAGAAAUAACUUUUCAACAAGAGCUGAAGUAUGGAGAAGCAUGUGGAACAUAUGCAAAAGAAGGUAAGUGAGAAGGCAUGCAGUCAAAUUAUGUGAAAGAAUGAGAACUUUAACAUAAAGCCGAUAUAUUGGUGGGAUGGAGUGUUGGUGGGAAGCAAGGAGAAUUAGUGUCAGAAUAAAAUUGAGUUAAGAAAUAAAUGACGGGAAGUGUAUCUUUGAGUCACAUUGUGAGAAUGGGACACAGUGAAAGGAUUCAUUGACAAAAAAUGACUGAUAUGGAACUGGAGGUUUUCAAGUUUGUUUUUCUUUCAAUCUCAAAACAGCUCACAAAGAUAGGGAAGUUCUAUUCUCUCCAUUUUGCAUCUAACACAUGGAGAUUAAACUGAUUUAUAGUCAGGGUGGCUCUCUAGAAAAGCACAUGUUAACUGCUUCUGCUUUACAAGAAGGAAGAUAACAGUCCUUCAGUCUAUUAGGAUAGUCUUAAUUCUUCUACAUAAAUUUUCUACUUAAAUAGUCUAGAUUCUUCUACUUAAAUUUUCUUUGCCACAAGAUGUGUCUUUACAUGCUUUUGUGCCAUCAAAUCAGGACAGAUUUUCACAGUUCUGUUAUAUAUUCAGAGAAAAAUAGGAAGAUAAAAAAUUAAAUCUUGGUACCUGCUUGCAACUUUGAAAGAUUUACUUUGAUUUGAAAUAUAUUGAAGGUCAGAUUUUCAGGUGCAGCAGCUAUCCUCUUAGCUCCCAUAAAAUGUGUUUAGAAGUGGUGCUGAUUAGUAUCAUUUAAUCCUCAAAAUUACUUUCUUCACAGUGGCUGUCAUACUCAUGUUUUCACCUCUUCGCUGUGUAGUACUGUUUUUCUUCAGGAGGCUGGUCUGGGAGGCAAGCUUUGAUUCCCUUGCAAUCUAUUUUACUAGUUUUCUGCAGCAUCAGACUGUUCUAAAUGAUUUCUGGUUAUAGGCUGCAGGCAGCUAAACAACAACAGUGAGUGAGGUCAGCAGACUAGAGCAAAAUAGGGGGUCAUAGUUGUGAAGUAACACAAGAUUUUUUUUUUCAUUUGGUGGACACGACAUAGCCUAUUAUUUGUUAUUUAUAAAUUCAAGCAACAUUUAUACUUGUAUCAUUAACAAAACUAUUAUUAGAAAGUUUGAGUGUAUUAUUGAAAAUGCUCUUCUAUGAAGAAAUUUUUCUGGAAAAAGAUUUCUUUUACAAAUUUUUGAAUAUACUGUGUUUUUACUACACUAAGUCAGAAGAAGGCACUUUUCCUUUGGCAUUGAAGUGUUCACAAGGCAGUUCACACUGAAAUAGCUAUUCUGGAAAAAGUUCAACAGAAUAACUGGUUUUGGAGUUUUAUAAUGGUAGACAGGUGCUUAGCGGCUGUUACUGCUUGGAAUUCUUAUUUAAUUCUGAUACCUUUGCUGCCCUCCCACAAUUGAGAGUGGAUGUCUGUACUUAUACAUCAGUGUAACUACAAAUCUGUUUCUUGUUUUACUUUUUUUUUUUUUUUAUGCAUGUUACCUCUGCCUGUGGGAACCAUCAAAGCAGUACAUUUCAGAACAGCAAAAUAAUCUAAUCUAGGGAGUUCAGUUGGAACUGUUAUCCCAGAGGAGAAAAAAUUAUUCGUGUUACUUAGUCCACACUCAGUGAAAUGUGGUAUUUUGUUUAUUGAGUUGUAUUUGUUGGGGUUUUUUGCAUUGGUUGGUUUGGUUGAUUUUUUCAUAAGUCCUGCUGUAAUUGAUCAUACUGCAUAGGAGAGAAAAAAAGUAAUAUAAAAUAAUGAACAAUGUUAUAACCUCAGAAAACUUUAGAUGACCUAUUUCUGUCAGGAAAAUACAGGCAGACUAUAACAAGUUUUAACAGCAUUAUGAAUCUUUAAAAUAUUUCAUUUAUAACAAUCUGUUUGUGAAGGAAUUAACAUUUUUGUUUUCAUACUAUAUUAGAACAGUUCUUUGUCAAUACUGUAAUGAGAUUGUAUCCAUUUAUCAGGAUUAAGGAUGUUAAUUGUUUUAGAGAGAAGCUAGGAAAAUGGUAUGGGAAAAGAGGAAAAUUCUUUGCAGCUUGGCAUCUUUAAUUGUUAACUUUAGGAGGCAGGUGAUUUUAUGGUAUAACUUUAUCCUGUUCCCGGUUAUGUCAGUGACUCUGUUUUAACAGUGCAGGUUUUACAAACUAUUAGUGUUUUGUUUCAGUUAUUGUAAUAGUUUUUACCUUACAUUGGUCAUGAUUUCUCUGUGCUGUGUGUACUCUGAGGACAUAAUUGGUGUUUCUGAUUUGCUAAAAUAAUAUCCAAGAAAUUAUUCUUACUUGCCUCAAUAUUUUUUUUAUAUAAUUUUGUAAGAUGAUGCUUCAGCCUGUAUGUCACACUAAUCAUAUGUAUCUUUCAAAAAAUAUGUACUGUUACAGUAUUUAAAAAAAUAUGUAUCUGUUAACAUACUUAGCAUGGAAAAAAACAUGAGAACAGCUGGUUUACCUCUUAACUCUUACGAUUUUUUGCUUCAGUUUCCAAUGUGUUUCUUUCAGAAAUUAUUUGCAGAAAGUCUAUUAAA